UCAAAUGACGUCACUUCCACCCAAACAAACAUUCUCAUUUCCCACAGUCUGAUCCAGCUGCAACUUGAGGUUUCUGAAAUGUUCAUGGCUAAUUCUGACCAAUAAGUAAGUUUUAUGGUUAGAUGAUGAACGCCGCUCUGAAGCACUGGAGGGAGGCGGCCACCCUAAUCUUGGCCGCAGGACACAGACUCGGCGCGGACAGUUUAUUGCCAAGGACACCGCCGUCCGUUUCUCUUCGCUCUCCGUCAGAGAGCAGCGGCGAGUGGGCACAGCCGCCGCUCAGGUCCCGUUUUGACUAUGACGUUCUGCUGCUCAAACGAAGCGCUAAGAGCGGAUUCAUGCCCAACGCCUAUGUAUUUCCGGGCGGCGUUCUGGACCCCUCCGACUUCUCGGGUGACUGGCUGGACAUUUUUAAGCCUUUCUCCAGCUGCCCAAACUUUGGUUUGAGACAAACAAAACAGCCCGUGGAGACCAGACCCGCCAUUUUUGCCACAGACCGACUGAAGCUGGGUUCUCCCAUCCCGGGGGACGUCGCCCUGCGGAUCUGCGCUUUGCGGGAGACGUUUGAAGAAUCUGGGGUGCUGCUGGUUGUUCCAAAAGCGGAAGUGAAAAGCUUCAAGGAUGAUUGUCCUAGUAAACACUACAAAGAGCCUCCGUUCUCCGUAAAUGAACUCUCACAGUGGAGGGCUCUGGUGAAUCAAAACCCGACCAACUUCAUCCGGAUGUGCAGGGAGUUGGAGGUGCUGCCCAACAUCUGGGCCUUACACGAGUGGGCCAACUGGAUCACCCCCGUCGGCAUUUAUGGUCGCAGGUUCGACACCGCCUUCUUUCAGUGCUGCCUGCAAGAGAUUCCGCACACUAUCCAAGAUGAGAAGGAAAUUGUUGAUUUUCAGUGGUCCACUCCUUCAGAGAUCCUGCAGUGCUACCAGGAGAGGCAGAUGUGGAUGGCUCCUCCUCAGUUCUAUGAACUCAGCCGCAUGUGUUGUCUCCCCCGUCUUAAUGACCUCCACAGCUUUGCGUACAAGCGUGCAGUAGAAGGCUGUGAACGGUGGCUGCCCGUGGCUUUACUGGAAAAUGAGCAAUAUAUAUCCCUGCUGCCAGGUGACAAACAAUACCCGCAAGACACUUCAGGGCAGAUGGAAGCUGAUAGAACUCCAGACCAUGAGCUGAACAAUCCUGAAAAACAGUCUGCCCUGCACCGCAUGACAAUCAAAGACUCCUACACCACAGCUCUGCAUGUCACCAUCAAGCCCAAGUACAAACACUUGCUCCCCGUAAUGGAGCCAGCCUCACCACAAGGAACGAAAAGUCAACUGUGACCCACUCUUCAGUUCUAACAAGAUAUGAUUGUGGAAGACAUUUAAUUUGAAUAGAAUGAAUGCUGUCAUAACCAAAAACUCAGUAUCUUUAAAUUUAUAUUUAAAAUGAGUAAAAUCUACUUUUAAAAGUUGUUUUUCAUAAAUCUCUAUUCAGCUUUUCAUUUCAAAAAUGUCAUGUUUUACAUUCUUAAUAGGGAAUGGUGCAAAACAUGUAUACAGUCUAAGCUAAUAUAAUGUCCUUUAAAUGAAUAAUAUUGCUCUCAGUGGGAUUCCAUAAGUCAGAGAUGGAGGCUCGGCACGGCUCCUACCUUUUUACAUGUCUUUGUGUGUGUGUGUGUGUGUUGGGGGGGGGGGGGGGGGGGUCAUCCUUGCUCAUUGCAGUACACUGACUGAGAAGUCCUGGCUGGGGGACAUGAAAAAUAGAACAUCAAUGGGGGACCUUUAUGUGUGGAGUUUGCAUGUUCUCCCCGUGCAUGCGUGGG